AUGACGAUUGAUUCGUUGCCUGGGAGUUCAGGGUAUAUAGAUGCAGGAGAGAGAAAAGUAACUUAUUUCAGCAAUCCAUACGUACUGGGUUUGACUGUGGUUGCUGGUAUAGGUGGUCUGCUUUUCGGCUAUGACACUGGAGUAAUAUCAGGAGCUCUGCUGUAUAUUCGAGAUGAAUUCGAGGCUGUCAAUCAGAGUAGUUUCCUACAGGAAACAAUUGUCAGCAUGGCUUUGGUUGGUGCAAUUAUUGGAGCUGCAGCGGGGGGAUGGAUAAAUGAUGUUUAUGGACGUAAGAAAGCUACUCUUUCUGCUGAUGUUGUCUUUGCAAUAGGAUCCAUUGUCAUGGCUGCUGCUCCGGAUCCAUAUGUUCUUAUUUUUGGACGGUUGUUGGUUGGCUUGGGGGUGGGCGUGGCAUCUGUCACUGCUCCUGUGUAUAUUGCCGAGGCAUCCCCGUCAGAGAUAAGGGGAAGUCUUGUGAGCACCAAUGUGCUUAUGAUUACUGGUGGACAAUUUCUUUCUUACCUUGUGAAUCUUGCUUUCACAGAGGUCAGACUUUUAUUGCUUUGUCAUUUCAAGCUUGCUUCCAUGUUAUAUUGUUUGUCCUGA